AUGUGCGGCUUUUUCCCCAGAAAUCAGACUCGAAAAGGAUUGAAUACGCGCGCUUUAAAAGCACCCUGCGAUAAAGAGAGAGUGAGAGAGAACGAGUCGGCGGUGACGUGCAUGACGUCCACGAGGGAAAAUCAGGAGGAAACCGAAGCGCUGUUACCGAGACACGGAAUAAAAGAAGAAGACUUUGAAGACGAAGACACAACAUCAGAGAUGAAGGGACGCGUGGGGACGACGAAAAGUUCUACAAAGUUCCAAACGCCGUUCGCGUUUAUCCUCCUCUCCUUCCUCACCAUACUCGCGCUCGGCUUAUCCUGCGUCGCGGAGGAGUACAUCAUCAAACAAAUACCCGGGUUUGAUUUCUUUUGGUUCUUAGCGUUCAGCGAGUUAGUGGUGUUCAGCGCGCUGACGGUUUUGGUGCAACUGUGCGGGUGGGACCAAGAGGAGGAGGAGGAGGAAAAGAAGAAGCGCGAGGAGGAGGACGCGAAGAAAAACAAAGCGAAAUCGAGCGAUGUGGAUUUACGAGAGGAAGGAAAGGCAGAGGAUACGUAUACGAGUGGAUUUUGGCACACGAAAGCGCCGAAAACAACGCUCGUGUUGGGUGGGAUUUUGAUCGCGUUGUAUACGAGUUUAGGAAAGUUUGCGUAUAAGUACGUGAAUUACGCGACGGGGACGGUGUUAAAAAGCGCGAAGCUAAUUCCGGUGAUGUUUGUGUCCGUGGUGUGGUUGAAGCGGAGGUACGAGUUGAUAGAUUACGUGGCGUGCUUUUUACUCGUCGCGGCGGCGUGCGAGUUUGGUCUCGGGGAGCAAGAGAAUUCGGAUAAAACGGAAAAUCCGAGCGAAAACUACGCGCUCGGUUUGACGUUGAGUCUAAUCACGAUUGGGAUCGGCGCGUUUCAAUCGAACGUGACGGAUAGGAUCUUGAGAGAUUACGGGGCGACUGUUGGUGAGAACAUGCUUUGGACGAAUGCGGUUGGUGCGAUUUUUAUAUUCUUCUUCGUCGUCUUAUUAGAACCGCACGCGUUCAUGUUCUUUUGGGAUACGCCGUUGUAUUUCAUGUUGUUGACGUUUCGAUCGGUGUCCUUCUUCUUCGGCGCGUGGUUAUACACCAUCAUCGUGAAACAUUUCGGCGCCGUGCCUGCCGUGGCGAUCACGACCACGAGGAAACUGCUCACCGUCGUAGGGUCCUUCGUGUUCUUUGCCAGUGAUAAACCGUUCACGACGACGUACGCGAUUGCGCUCGGUUUGUUCGUCCUCGCCGUCGGGUGCGAAUACGUCAAACACUACCAAAAGCACAGCAGUCAAACGCAUUCCCUCAAGGGUGGUCGUCUUCGUAAAAAAACAGCAUCGACUUCGGUCUAG